AUGACUUUUCAAUGGCCAUGGCAAUAUGAUUUUCCACCUUUUUUUACAUUACAACCAAAUUUACAAACAAGAGAUAAACAAUUAAAAUCUUGGGGUAGACUUGUACUUGAUUAUUGUCAAUUUAAUAAAAUUUAUUCUGCCAAUUUUGAAGAAAUUUCAAAUUCUGAACUUUUUAAUAAUCGACGACUUAAUAGUUUGUUUUUUUUUCUUUUUUUUUAA